AUGGACAUCUCCCAAGAUGGAUGGGUCACACGGUUCACGGAUGUGGCCGACACAGCAGACUUGGAAAAGCUGGCCGAUGAACUGACUACCGUGAUCAAGGCCAAAUACUCGAUACGUGACAAGCCGCCGCCACGCAAGCCACCAGCCCGAGCUCGUCCGCCGCCACCAAGCACACCUACAGGACGGAGACGUGCCCAAGCCCGCUACUGCCCUAAAGCCGCCUCUCGGAUCCAGAAGCUCUACCGUCGGUCUCGGCCGAGAGCCUAUAAGGAAAUCACGGAGGAAUCUUCGCCGUUCUGCGAUAUCCCGAGUGACGACCUCCACAACCACUUCUCCAAAGUGUUCGAAAGAACUGAUGUGCCCGACCAAAGCCGACUCCCUCGAUCGGUUCCACAACACGACAAUGACAUCCCAGAUGGCGACUCCAAUCCAUUUGCUGACGACUACACGCCACAAGAACUCUGGGAUCGUCUUCUCCACGUCAAGAACACUGCGUCUGGUCCCGAUGGUGUCCGCUACUCUGUGCUGAAGCUCUUCGACCCGGGUGCCAAGGUCCUCGCCGCCUACAUGAAUGCCGUCCGCCGCCUCAAGUACAUCCCAAGCUCCUGGAACGGCUCCAACACCAUCUUGGUGCACAAAAAAGGCCCGAAGGAUGACGUCUCCAACUGGAGGCCCAUCACACUCUCAAACACCGUCGCCAAGUUGUACGCGUCCGUGAUGGCUCGCCGUCUCGGCAGAUGGGCCCGCCUCCACAACCGCAUCUCCAAUGAGCAGAAGGGCUUCAUGCCGGUCGAUGGGUGCACAGAGCACAACUUCCUCCUCCAGUCCGUGAUCGUCGAGACCCGCCGCGACACAAGGAUCGACAGCAAGUGCGCCAUUGCCUGGCUCGACCUCUCCAACGCGUUCGGCUCCGUCCCGCAUGACUCGCUCUUCCGAUGCCUCGAAUACGCUGGCCUUUCGGUGGAGGCGAUCGAAGAAAUUCGUCGUCUCUACGAAGGUGCCACAACAUGCGUCCGAAGUUCUACUGGUCCGACUCCGGCCAUCAACAUUCAAGCGGGGGUCAAGCAGGGCUGUCCGCUUUCGCCGAUCGUGUUCAACCUUGCGCUCGAGCCCGUCAUCCGUGCCGUCAUCAACAUGGAUGCUGGCUUCGUGAUCAAUGGAAGAACGGUGUCUGUGCUCGCCUAUGCUGACGACCUUGCCAUCGUGACCAAGGAGCCCGACGAUCUACAUGCUGUGCUUGAGACCGUGUCCGAAGUUUCGACGUGGCUGGGGCUCGUGUACAACGCCAAGAAAUGCGCAAGUCUCGUCGUCAACUCCAACAAGCACACUGCCAUGCCGAUCAAGUACUCCGUUCAAGGCUCUCCGAUGGUGACGCUCGACACUGGUGGGCAUUACGAGCAUCUCGGCGUGCCCACCGGCUACUAUCAAGGCUCAUCGGCUGAGAAGACGAUCAACAAAAUGCACCAGUGCCUCGACAAGAUCCACAACUCGCUGCUCGCCCCUGGCAGAAGGCUGAUGCUGUCAAAACCUUCACCCUCCCAUGCAUCGGCUUCCACC